CAAAUUCAAACAAAGAUAAAGACAGUGAAAUCAUGUUUAGGGAGCGACGAAUGUGGUGUCAAAAUCAGACAACAGAUUCAUCGCUCCAAACUUGAAUAACAAUCGCGGUCCGUCUUUCUAUUUUUUUCUGGAGGACCAUAAUGCGUGACAGGGAGUGAUCAGCAAAGCAACUUCGCAAGAGGGACACAUGAUAGUCAAUACCAUACAUGUAUAGCAGCAUCCUGUUAUCGAAUGACAGUGGCGACACCGCAGUGGUGGCAGCGUGAACUAAAUUUGGUGGAAGGCCGGCGCGCGUUCAGUCACGAGUUGUGCACCACGUGUGAUAAUUCUGGUGAAGGAUAUAAGUCAGGAUAGUCUUAUUGAUCUGCGCACCUGACAUGGGUGAGAGGUGAGGUUGUGAUAGAGAUAUAAAGAGCUCCUGCAACCCCAUUAUCUUAAUAUAUUCACUCACCAAUCAACGCUCCUCAUAUCGCAAAGUAUAUCUCCGAUGGCAGAACCUAAGGUAGAUCUUGCAUCGCUCUCGCUCUUCCGCGCGACGAGUGCGCAGGCUGAAGAGUCACGGCGCCGGACUUUUCCGCAAUGGGGGUGGUGCUCUGAACCUGACAGACUACCUUGCGCGAGAUGCGACGAUGGAAUCGGGCGAGCACGCCAAGGAUGGAAAGUGGAUUACUUGGUGAGCGCCCCACUUUGCUGGUAAAAAGAAGCUAACGGGAGAGAAGGGUGCUGGCGCCACGGAAUGACCCCACAACGCUUGAUUUUAUGAGCGCUUGCGAGACAUAUAAGCGCACAGGUCUUGUCGCUUACCCCUCAUCCUCCCCGUCUGAGCCCAACUCAGUGCACGAAGCAACUUGUUACGGUGUCGCCUGCGUGUUCACUCCACCCUCGAAGCGCAAGCG